AUGAUAAUGGAAUAAGAUUCUUAAAUUACAAAUAACAUAGAUAAUCUUUAAGCAUAUUGUGAGCUUUUAAAAUAGCAAGGAUACAACGAAGAAGAGAUUGGCUAAAUAAUAUAGUAAGAGCUAAACGAUUAACAAGAAGCUUUCCUCAGUGAUAAAAAUGAAUAUAAUUAGGUAGAUAAUCUAGAUGCUAAUUAACAAUAGGCUUAUUAGUAAAAUGAGGAAGAAUAAGAUUAUUAUUAAGAAUAAAUGAAAAAUAAUAAAGAAAAUUAAUUUAAUUAGCAUUUAACAUCUGAACAUGAGUUUUAGCGUAUUAGGUAGUAUGAUUAGCACAACUAUCUUAUUUAGCCUCAUGUUGAAUAAGAUGAAAAUGAGGAUUAUUCCCCAAUUUUCUCAAGCUUUUCUUAGCAAUAAUAAUAUUCAUAUAAUUAGAAGUAAAACAUAAAAGAUGAAUAGGAAAUAUAUAAUUAACAAAACAACAAUGAAAAUUGCAGGAUAGUUCUUGCAGAAAAAAAUUUUACUAACAUAAUGAAUAAGAUGCCUUCUUCAAAUAACAUUCAGUAAAACUAAUUUGAAUAAAUUUAGAGAAAUUAAUCAAGCAAAUAAUAAAUAUAUAAUGAACCUAUUUCAAGAGGUAGUAUUAGUAUAUCUAACAGUCAAAAAGAUGAUUCAAUUUAAUAGUUUGCUCUACUAACUAGUAAUGAGAGAUAAAGUGAAGGUGGGAAUUCAUAAAAUAAAUAAACUUACAAAAAUUAAUAAAAAAACGAUAUAAAUCUAAAAAAUGCUAAACCAAGCUUGUAGCAAUGGCCUAAUUAACAAUAGUUCAAGUAAAAUAAAAUUAUUUAGAAAAGCGAUGAAAAUAAUUUUAAUAAUUCAACUGCUAAUUUUAUUCGCAACUCAUAUUAAAAUAAAAUUGGAGAGUAUCAAAAAAUUUAAAAUAAAUCAAGAAGUAAAACUCCGACAAAGGUUCAAAAGCAAGUAAAAAGUAUGUCACAGGAAGAAAAAUAGCUAGUAGAGCUAAAAAAUAAACUUAGAACAGUAUUUACAUUUUACGUUUCUUUUGGAGAUAGAAUAAACGUCAAUUACCUCAAGUCAAAUAAAUUCCACAAAAUGAUGUCAGAUGCAUAAUUGAAAGAUAAUGUUAUUCUAACACAAAACAGACUCGAUUUAAUGUUUGUUAAAGAAAAUCAUAAUAAACACAAUAUGGAUUUCGAUACUUUUCUAACACUCAUAGCUAAAAUAGCUAUCUUAAAAUUCCCUUAAUAUACAGAUGCUCAGGCUUUAUAAAUGAUCCUUCAGAACCACUUCUUGCCUUUAUAUGACAAUAUUAUGGCAGAAACUGAUCUUGGAGAAGAUGAGGUAAAAUUCAAAGAGCCUAUUGACGAAGGACCUUUAUUUAUUUUAAAGGAAAUCACACCAGUUAUACAAUUAAUUUAUCAGCAUUAUUUCCCCUUUGAGUGGAAAAAUAGAGGAAAUGAAGCCUAAGUUAAACAGAAAUCUGAAACAGCUAUUUUUUAGUUUUUAAAGGAAUAUGAUAUCUGUCCUAAUUUGAUAACAAAGUCAUCUGCAUUUUUACUUUUUAGAGAGAUACUAGAUACGCAAAUUGAUAAUCUAUGCAGAAAUCCUCAACUUACUAAUUUAUCAGGGUUCCUCUCAGAAGACUAAGGACAGUGCUUUACUUUUUGGAAAUAUGCAAUAUAUUUAAUAAGAAUAGCAAAUGUUUGCUAUUCAAAUUUAUUCAACUAGCUUGAAUAACCUGCUGAAGGAGCUAAUAGGACAAUUGCAGAAAAAUUAGCUUUCCUUCUUGAGAGAAUGGAAUUAUCUGCUGGCUUUUUAAAUCUUGACAAAAAGAAUUUAUCUCACUAAUCGCUCAUAAUAAAAAAAAAGGUUCUGAAUAGAAUGCUGAGUAAUGGAAGCAUUAUUGGAAGUUGUCAAAUUUCAAGCUUAAAUAGUUAAUUAGCUUUUAACAAUAAUAUUGGUGGAUAAUAUUCAUUAAAUUUGUAAUAGCCAUCAAACAACUCAAAUAAUGUGACAGAUACAUUAUCUAAUUUACAAACUAACUAAGAAAAUAGUUCAGUACAAUCAUAAACUUCUAGUAGAGUCACUAGAAGUAGAAGUGAUCUCCGUCUAAGAUAAUCUGCCAACGGACUUACUGAAAUGUAAUAACAAUGUGUAAGAAACUAUUCUCCUAUGGGAUUUACAAAUUAUUCUUAAAAAUUGAAUGAACAACAAAGAUAAGUCAUGAUUGCUCAUAUUCAAAAUAUGCAAAAUUACAAGCUAUUCAAAAAUCCUUUGGGUUUAGCAGAUAUCUAAUGUGUUGAAAAUAUUUAACUAAUAGACCAGUUUUCAGAUCGUUUACUUACAAUCUUUUAGUCAUAUUGCAGUUUUGGCGAUGCAAUGAAUACUUAGUGGAUGAAAUCCUCAAAAUACACUAAGUUAAUGAGAGAGGCUAAUAUCAUUAACAUUAAUACUAUUUAAAAUUAAGGAAGUGUAAUGCAAAAUCAAAACUCGCUUUAAGCUUGCUCUGAAGAUAAUAAUAGAUAUUUAACUGGCUGUGAUAUUGAUUUGAUAUUUAUUAAGGCGAGUAAAAAGCGCUCAGCUUAAACUUUUAACUAAGCUUCAUAAUCAGAUUUAAAUAAAUAAGAUACCAUCAAAUAACAGCAGAGAUUAGAUUUUGAAUAAUUUUUAGUUUCUUUGGAGAUGGUAGCCUAAAAAUUGUACAAAGAGAUAAGCCUUUAAGAAGGAUUGAGCUAAUUACUCUAAAAUAAUAUUUUACCUGUGUUAGAAAGAGAAGUAAAUUCAAAUGACAAUAAAAAAAACAACUCAAGCAGCAUAAGUAAAUCAGUUCACUCUUCAACUUAAAACGAACACGUUUCUAUACUCAUGGAGAUAUUAAAAGACUAAGAGAUUGUUGAAUUACUUGGAAUGAUUCACAAAACAAUGAUGGUUUAUUUCAAGUACUACUCACAAAAUAAAAACACGAUAGAUUUUGAUAAAUUUGUUAAAUUUUGCAAAGAUUUUGGCAUCUUCCCUGAUAUAAUUCCAAAAUCUAGGUUGCUCAAAAUAUUUAACACGCUGGCAUAAAUUUACAAUACCACUGAAAUGGCAUAAAUCUAACUACAAAAUUCAUCUAAUUAUAAUGAAAAACCUGUAAUUGAUUAGCAUCUCUUUAUAGAAGCUAUAGCCUUAUGCGCUUUUGAAGUUCCUUAUUCCGAUCCUUAACCAAAUGAAAUAGAAAAAAUUUGUUAUCUCGUAGAAAGAAUGAAUUAAUCAGGAGGUCAGAUAUUUAUUUAGAAACAAAUAGGUCACACAAGAUCUUAAAGUAGUAGCAGCGUAAGCUGGGACAUAAUUCAGCCUAUAAGAAAAAAAUAUCCGCAUUUAUUUAAUAGUAAUAAUUACAGCUAAUUUAACACAUAAAACCAGCUUUCCUAUUAAAAUGGACUCAUAAAUAGCUAAAUUAGUCAAAUAUAUUAGCCUUAGAAUAGUAUGCAAAAGGCAAAUAUGUUUGAUGACAUUAUGAAGCGUAAUUUGAAGAUUUAAAACUAAAACUGA